AUGAAGAUUUCUCGUGCUACCAUCUCCUCCUGGAGAUAUACCGCGAAACUGGAACUCGAUAACAAGAUGUCCAAUGACGAACUUGUAGGACAACACGAAGUCCAUUCUUUAAUCGAGUGUGCUGCCACCUGUCAGAGAGAUUGCGAAUUCUUCGGGUACAACUCUACGCUGAAGAAGUGCCGGACCCAUAAGAAGGCCUUCACUUCCGGAAUGUCGGACGAAACCGGAUGGCGGUAUUACUUUCCGGAAUAUUUACCCAUACGGGACAAAGUCCAUUCCGGUCAAGGUUCACUGAAACAUGGAUAUAAUGGGCGGCGGGUGGACGGAAAUGACUUGAUACAUCAAUUAACAAAAGAAAUCACCUCAUCCCUGUAUGUGACCAUAGCUCUACAAAAUGGUACAACUCUGUAUGAAAUGUACGACGGAUUCUCUGUCUCCGACGAAGCAGGAAAAUAUCAAAUCUUUCUUGCAGGACCUGCCACGGGGACCUUAGGAGACAGUAUGUUGGACACCGGUUAUUCUGCCAGAGAUCUGUCUGGGAUGUCCUUCAGUACCCCAGACAGAGAUAACGACAGAUCUAGUGGUAUUAACUGUGCUGCCCGCAGUAUCCGUAGAGGGGGCUGGUGGUUUAACUUCUGUCACCGAGCCUUCCUUAACGGUCAAUGGUCCUCGGAGUCCUGGUACAGACCAUGGUAUCCCACAGUAACGAGUGGGACGUCAGUGAAGGCGACUUUAAUGAUGAUAAGACGGAACUAG